AUGCCACAGACCACAACGGAGAAGAAGCGGAAGAGAAGAGCAAGGGAAGCUACUGAGGCGGCGCCCGACCGAAAGCGCCAGACGAAAGAGGAUGCCUUCCUUAGCGAGAGCGAAUCAGUCCGGGAGCGCGCUAGGCCCUACCUGCUCGCCGUGGCCAAGAUGCCAGUCGAUACGCUCGGGACGAGGUGGAGCGUCGGCAGGAACCGCCCGCUCGAGGCAGGGCACGCUCGCGAGCUGAAGGAGGUCUUCAAGAGGAGCGGUCUGGAACGCCGCGCCCCAGAACACCGCAUCCUCGUGCUCUGCGGCGCCGAGGAGGUCCGCCGCAUGCGAAGCGCGCAGCCAGGGAGCGACCGGGGCGGCGAGGACGACUUUCUCGGCUGGGCCGCGGUGAUCGGCAGCACGCCCGAGGUGAUGGCAGGCCAGCACCGCAUCGAGGCCCUCCGGGCGUAUGUGAAGGAGACGGGCGGGUCGGCGUCGGACCUGUAG